AUGGUCGGCAUUCCCCGAAAACCGUACUGCCAGCCCUGCAAACGCAGGAGAGUAAAAUGCGAUGAAAAAUGGCCUCAAUGUUCAGCAUGCAAGCGCGCAGGGCUGGAGUGCCCAGGUCCAGACAAUCUGACGAAGUUUGUCCUCAACAACUGCCACAAAGUCACCCAAGACAAUGGAGAAUAUCCGACAUCCCUUCCCGGGGGUGGCAAAUUAUCGACGACUGUGGCUUCAUCGUCUGAUAGAAGACUGGCAUUGGCCAACAGAACCACAGCCAGCUCUGCGGGGGAGACAAGAAAUGGCCCAUCCUUUCGUUCAUUUCGAUUCUUGAAUCCCACAACUCAGUCCUCCUUGAUGACUAUAAGUGAUAAGCUCUCAUUUCGCUUGGUCUCCUUAAUGGGGCCAAAUAAUGAGGAACCCAUGAAGAUUAGAUUAAAAAUCUUUAGUCAAAUUCCUCGUCGUUUAAGUUCAAGCAUCUGUCUUCAAGAUGCAGUUGCAUACUGGUGCAGUUCUUGGGUCGAUUACCAAAGAGGGUUGAAGCAGAUGAGCCCUACCACGUGGCAGAAUCACGGAAGGCUGCUCCGCAGUCUCCAAAAGGCAAUCCAGGGACCAGAAGCAUUGAGUGUUGAAACCUUGGCCGCGGCGACAAUUUUAUACCAGACCGGAGAGCUAUUGAGCUACGAACAGCACAAACCAAGCAAAAGGCCUCAAGCUCGUGGUAUUACGACCUUGACUCGAGAAAGAGGGUUGCCAAACCCCGACGAUCCGCUAGAUGCUAUGCUGGCAUUUGAGAACCGAACCAUUGUUGAAAGUUUGGCUCUCUGGUUUCCAAAAGAUACAGAGUUCUACUUCACCGAUACCUACAAACAGAACAUGCAAAGGGUGGUGGAAAGCGUUCUAGGGGAGCAACCUGAAUUGGGACAGCUGACCGCUAAAUGCGCCUCGCGUUUCAUAGAGUGGGUAAAGAAUCUGCGACAAAUCAAAUUGAGUGCAGAUUCUUGCAACAAAAUGGCCAGGGCAAUGAAAGAAGAACUAUACGAGUGUCUUUCUGCCUUGGAGGCAAGUUUUCCGGACUACUGGACAGGUAUACAGGAAGAAUACGGCAACUUUACAGAAAUCGCCGACCACGAAUUUUUCCUCGGAAAGAGAUAUCAUGUUGAAAACAGUUUGUCAUUUCACUGCUUAACGGACGCGUUUAUGUGUCAAAUAUUGAUAGCUCGGAUGAUCGCCAUGCUCCUGAGGACGUACAAUGAGCCGCUGGAUAUAGGACUGGAAACGAGGUACAGGCAACUCUGCGUUCAGUAUUGGAUGUUCAUCCCCUUCUUGAAAACGGAAGACCCAAUUAAACUCAAUGUCAUGCCCGUUAUCUUCGGUCUAACACUGGAAGCUGCCACGAGCGAGGAGAUAAGUCACGUUAUUGAUAUUAUCCAAUACAUUGACGGGUUCCGGCAUGAGUUGGGGCAAACCAAGGAGCAAGUGGCUAACGAGGUGAUAAGACGGGCCAAACUCACAGCAAAUUUUGAUGAUGAGAGCGAGAAGGAAUUGGUACAAAAGUGCUCUGCGGCUUUUUCAGGAGACACAUAA